AUGGAAACCACAGGCAGGAUGCGCAGGAGAUCCCCCCUGCUGGGAGCACUGGUGCUGGCGUGUGUGUUACUGGUGGUGGUGGUGGAGGUGGAGAGCAAGAAACCCAAACCACCGCGCUGCCCCUCGUCGUGCACAUGCACCAAAGACAACGCGCUGUGUGAGAGCGCCGGUCUGAUCCCUCGCAGCUUCCCCCUGGAUGUCAUCUCUCUAUCAUUCGUCAAGUCCCAAUACACCGAGAUCCCGAAGGAGAGCUUCAUCCACACGCCUGCCCUGCACCUCCUACUCUUCACAGCCAACAACCUGGACUGUAUCAACGAGGACGCCUUCCUCGGCCUUCCUCAUCUGGAGUAUCUGUUCAUCGAAAACAACCAGAUCAAGUCGAUAUCGCCACACGCUUUCCGGGGACUGAAAACCUUAGUGCACCUGAGUCUGGCCUACAACAAUCUGGACACUCUGCCUAAAGAUUUGUUCGAGGGUCUUGAGGCCUUGACAAAAGUAGACCUGCGCGGGAACCAGUUCUCCUGUGACUGUAAGCUCAAGUGGCUGGUGGAGUGGAUUUACAGCACCAACGCCACAGUGGAUCAGAUCUACUGCAAAGGCCCGGCCUCACAGCUGGACAAGAAGAUCAAUGACCUGGUGCCCCAGUCGUUCGACUGCAUCACCACCGAGUUCGCCUCCUACCAGUCGCUGAAGUUCGAGUCCAUAUCGGUGGAGGCCUUUUCCUUUGGGGACGAUCAGUAUGUGGUGUUUGCUCAGCCCUUUAUUGGGAAAUGCAGCUUUCUGGAGUGGGACCACGUGGAGAUGGUCUUCAGGAACUACGAUGACAUUGACAGCACCUCCACAGUGAUCUGCAAACCUCUGGUGAUCGACAACCAGCUCUUCGUCAUCGUGGCUCAGCUCUUCGGCGGCUCACACAUCUACAAACGAGACACCUCCGCCAACAAGUUCAUCAAGCUCCAAGGCAUCGACAUCCUCAGAAUCCGCAAACCGAACGACGUCGAGACUUUCCGCAUCGACGGAGAUACUUUCUUCGUCAUAGCCGACAGCUCCAAGGCCGGCUCCACCACCAUCUACAAGUGGAACGGCAACGGCUUCUACUCCCACCAGUCGCUCCAUCCGUGGUACCGGGACACCGAUGUGGAGUUCAUGGAGAUCUCCUCCAAACCUCACCUGAUCCUGUCCAGCAGCUCCCAGAGGCCCGUCAUCUACCAGUGGAACAAGAGCACCAAGCUGUUUGAGCGGCGCACGGACAUCCCGGAGAUGGAGGACGUCUACGCCGUGAAGCACUUCCAGGUCAAGUCCGACCUCUUCAUCUGCCUGACGCGCUUCAUCGGCGACUCCAAGGUCAUGCGCUGGGACGGGGCCCUCUUCCGGGAGCUGCAGACCAUGCCCUCUCGCGGCUCCAUGGUGUUCCAGCCCUUCGCCGUGGGCAGCUGGCAGUACGCCAUCCUGGGCAGCGAUUACUCGUUCACGCAGGUGUACCGCUGGGAUGUGAAGAAGGGCACGUUUGUCCACUUCCAGGAGCUGAACAUCCAGGCGCCAAGAGCCUUCUCUCCGGUCUCCAUAGACAACCGGCAGUUCCUGCUGGCCUCCAGUUUCAAAGGGAAAACUCAGAUCUACGAGCACCUGGUUAUUGAUCUGAGCAAUUGA